AGCUGAAGGACGCGCGUUAUAAAACAAGCACUAAAGCAAGAAACUCUUCUUUAUUUAAAGGCUCAUCAAUGGGGUGUUCAUCGUCCAGCACACAGACCGUCCCGCCGGAGGACCGACCGGGCGCCAAACCGGAGCCGCCGAACGGAGAAACUCUGCUCACCCAUAAUGGGAUUACAUCUGAGGACAAUGAGACCAUCGCGGACCAGAUGCAGCUACCGGUCCAAAGCCCCCUGCUGGAUGAGUUGGGCCCUGGACCGGGUGUUCUGAAGAGUGUGGAGGUGGAGCAGGUGCAGGCUGAGGCCUUCACACCUGAGCAGCCAGGAGGUCCUCCAGAGGAGAUAAAUCUUGCAGCUCCAGACGAAGCCGUCUGUGGUGGUGUUGCACCUCUAGAGGAGAUGGUUGAUGCUCCUGCCAUGAAGAUCUUGUCAGCAGAUCACGUUGAAUCUCCUGUGAAAGAAUCUACCCUAUCUCUGGAACCAGCAUUAGAUCCUACGCCCGUGGAGUCAACUCCUCCUCCAGAACCCGAACCGACGGAACUAACCCCAGCGCUAGAACCCAUACCAGAGGACCCGAUGCCAAGCUCAGAGCCCAAACUUGAGGAAGCAACCAUACCUCCUGAAGCUACAGCAAUGAAACCAACUGAAACCUCAGUUCCAGAACCCACCCCCAUGGAACCUGUCUUAAAUGUAGAACCCACUCCAGUGGAACCAACCACAGCUGUAGAACUCAGUCCAGUUCCAGAACCCACCCCCAUGGAACCUGCCUCAAAUGUAGAACCCACUCCAAUGGAACCAACCACAGCUGCGGAACUCAGUCCAGGGGAACCCAAGCCGAAUGCAGAACCCACUCCUGUGGAACCUGUCUUAAAUCUAGAACCCACUCCAGUGGAACCAACCACAGCUGUAGAACUCAGUCCAGUGGAACCAACCUCAGUUCCAGCACCCACUCCCAUGGAACCAACCACAGCUGUAGAACUCAGUCCAAAGGAACCCAAGCUGAAUGCAGAACCCUCUCCAGCAGAACCUGUCUUAAAUCUAGAACCCACUCCAGUGGAUCCAACCACAGCUGUGGAACUCGGCCCAGGGGAACCCAAGCCGAAUGCAGAACCCACUCCAAUGGAACCAACAUCAGCUCCAGACACUAGUACAGUAAAACCAAGUCCAGUUCCAGAGUCCACUCCAAUUCAAGCAACUGCAGCUCUAGAACCCACAGCAGAAGAGCCGAGUCCAACCCCUGCAGCAGGCGUCAGCGUGACUGAGGAUUCAUCUGCACUAGUGGACACCGCAGCAGAAGAGAAUGUGAUCUGUGCAGACACACCCACACCUGCAGACAUGCCUGCGCAGCCGGCUGCAACACAGGCAGCUGGUGAAGAUAGAGCCGGACCCAAAGACUGACGUGACGCGCUCGUGAACAGGCGCCGCUACACUCGCUAGCAGCCCAACAUAUGGAUCGUUAUAUACCAUAGUGCCUUGGGGUAGAUUUGAAGGGUUUGGGGUUCACACAAGUUUGUACAUAAAUGAGUGUUUUGCAAGUAACACUAUCAUCAUUAACAGAAGUGUCUUUGAGAACCCCGUGGCAUCAUGGGUAACCAUUAUGUGAAUCACAGUCAUCAUGACCACAUGUGCUGAACAUAACAGCAAUAUUUGUUAUUGUAAGUAAUAUAUAUAUGAUCUAUGUGUGUGUUUCAUGUAUGACGGUAUAUUAAUCAACGUUGUAGGUCUUUCAUUGAGUUGUUUGUGUUUGGAUUGUUACAGAUUAUCUCUCAAGUACUAAUUAAACUCACUCAGCAGCUUUAAACAGCUUUAGAACAUUCUAGUUAAACUCGAUGUGUUUGACGGAGAGAUCAGUGUGCUAAAGUUUAGCGCCCUCUGUCUGCCAUUGGUCAAACAAUGAGAUAGUCCCGCCUCCAACUCACCGCAUUGGUUGAGUGACGUGGUCGGGGCGGGGUCUAAGCGGUCGCUCUAGAAACACAGUGCUUAUAGUGUUUGAUCAAAUUAACAUAUGUCUUAUAUUUGUCUCUGUAUGUUAAUCUGGGAUAGUUUCUUUUGUGUAUCAUUAAUAAACUGUUUAACAGUUCUGCACAUUAUCUGUAUAUGUUUCAUACAU